AUGGAUGCAGCCAAAUUAGUGAUUCACCUUAGAGAAUGUGGUUUGAAGCCAGAGUUGUACAGCUAUUUAAUUGCAAUGACAGCUGUAGUGAAAGAGUUGAAUGAAUUAGGCAAAGCUCUACGCAAGUUAAAGGGGUUCACCAAAUCUGGUUUGAUUGCUGAACUGGAUGCGGAAAAUGUUGGGCUGAUCAACCAGUAUCAAGAAGAUGUUUUGGAUGAUGGUGUGCGCUUGUCUAAAUGGGUUAUUGAAGAGGGCGGUUCAUCAAUCCAUGGUGUGGUUCAUGAAAGACUUCUUGCUAUGUAUAUCUGUGCUGGGCGUGGAGGUGACGCUGAAAGACAGUUGUGGGAAAUGAAACUUGUUGGUAAGGAGGCUGAAGGAGAUAUCUAUGACAUUGUGUUAGCCAUAUGUGCUUCCCAGAAAGAAGUCAGUUCUAUUGCUCGGUUGCUUACCCGAACGGAGGUUACAAGUUCUUUCCGGAGAAAGAGAACCCUUUCAUGGUUGUUAAGAGGUUAUAUUAAAGGUGGUCAUUUUGACAAUGCUGCAGAGACAGUAAUCAAGAUGUUGGACAUGGGUUUGUAUCCAGAAUACCUUGACAGAGCUGCUGUGCUGCAGGGAUUAAGAAGAAGAAUUCAACAACCAGGAAAUGUGGACACUUAUCUCAAUCUUUGCAAACGUCUUUCAGAUGCAAAUUUGAUUGGUCCCUGUCUUGUUUAUCUGCAUAUAAAGAAACAUAAACUUUGGGUUGUGAAAAUGCUCUGA